CUAAACGUCUGGAAAACAGGGAAAAACGAGAAAGUGCAUUAUUACACACAUUUCAGCUCACAUGAAAGCUGAAACACACAGAAAAACAUUGCACAAACAAAAUGGGAGCCUUCGUAAAGAUUGCAAUUGCCAGCAUUUGUGUUGGCUACUUGGCUGUCAAGUGGAAUGGACCAAGUUUUGAUCCAGAAUCUCUCAGGGGUGCCAGAGUGUUGGUCACAGGAGCCAGUUCAGGCAUUGGUGAACAAAUGGCGUAUCAUUAUGCCCGCUUCGGAGCUCAGAUUGUCAUCACAGCAAGGAGGGAGAAAGUUUUACAGCAGGUUACUGAGAAGUGUCUGAGUCUGGGGGCCCAGAAAGCUCUCUACAUAUCUGGGGACAUGUCCACUGAGUCUGACCCUGACAAAGUGGUUGACUUUGCUCUGGAGAAACUGGGAGGCUUGGACUACCUGGUUCUCAACCACAUUGGUGUGACUCGCUUUGCAAUGUGGGAUGGAGACGUGGAUCACGUCAGGUGGCUCAUGAAGCCCAAUUUCUUUAGCUACAUACAGAUGGCCUGGAGAGCCUUGCCCUCUUUGGAGAAAAGUAAAGGGUCUAUGGCUAUAGUGUCAUCAAUGGCAGGGAAGCUGAGCAAUCCCUUCACGGCCCCGUACUGUGCAACAAAAUCUGCCUUGAAUGGAUUUUUUGGGUCCCUCAGCCAUGAACUUGCAAUGAAGAAAAGCAACGUGUCGAUCUCUCUAAUCACACUGGGACUGAUUGAUACCGAAUCAGCUUUGAAAGCAGUCAGGGGAAUCAUCACGACACCAGCCUAUCCUGCGUCAGAAGCUGCGUUGAAUAUCAUCAUAACAGGAGCAACAAGGCAGUUGGAGCUGUACUAUCCCUGGUACACAUAUGUCAUGAAUCUCAUCAAAGACUGGUAUCCCUCUCUAACACACCAUCUCAUCCAGAACGCCCUCAACUACGAUCCAUAGGAAACAUGUUGAGAUGGGGUGGGGGUUUUAUUGUAAGUUUUUGAUGCACACAGGAUUUUAUGCCCACAUCAAAUAUAGCUGAAAAUAUUUGAUUCUGAAAUGCAUUUAAAUGUUUCUCAGAUUUAGACUUCUUAAGGAAAAGCACCUUCUUUGUGUCAAAAGAUUGAACAUCCUGAUUUUUUCUGAUUAUCAGAUUAAAAUCACAUUUGAAUAUGGUU